AAAAGUUUAACCAAGUUUUAAAAGUCAAAUAUAUUUAAAAGUAAACAUUUCCAGAAUGGCAGAAAAACUGAAAGAAAAAAAGAAGCGCUAUGCAAUUAGCUGCACUGAAGUACCUGAAGCGUUGUUACAAAAAACAAAUGCUCUUAACUAUUUUAAUCAAUUUGGUCGUAUUGUGAAAAUAACAUUUCGAUUAAAAAGUAAAGGUUGUAUUGUUGAUUACGAUUGUGAAGACGCUGUUUUUGAUGCUAUUGACAAUGGAGGCUGUUAUGACCAAAAUUAUUUUACAAUAAGACCAUACUUUUAUAAGAAAGUAAAAAAAUUAUCCGAAUCAAAAGAUCCAGACUGGCCAGAAGACCCAGAGCUAAAAGCGGAAUUGGAUGCUUUAUCUGAGAUUGUACCACAUCAACAUGUAUUUAGAUCACCAUCACCACCAACAGCAAAAGAAAAAAUGAAAGAAAAACCUAAAAAAGAAAAACUUAUCAAACCAAAAAUUGUGAAACCGAAAACUGUUGAUACAAAAGUAAAAAAACCUAUAAUCAGAAAAACAGUUAAAAAAUCAGUGAAAAUGGAAAUAAAAAAGAAACCCAUAGAUCCAGUUGAAUUAGAGCGUUUAAUUGGAAUAAUAAAGCAAGUAGCGCAUACUGCAGAAGAUAAAUAUAAAAUUUUAGAUGCAAGAGAUAAAUUAAUUCGAUUACAUUCGUCACGUCAAACUGAUAUUGGAGAUGCUGAAAAAGUCAUUGGAACAUGUCCUGAUAUGUGCCCAGAAAAGGAGAGAUAUCUAAGGGAAUCACAACAUCAGGUUUCUCAGUACGAACAAUGCGAUAACGACGAACAUGGUGAUUACAAAAUCAAUCAUAAAACUGCAAUAAAACAAUAUUCAAGAAGUUCAGCCGAUCAAGAAAUGCCAUUACCACACGAACUACGCCCGGUUACAGUAUUACAAUACACAAUGAAUUAUUUAUUACGUAACAUAAUCGAUUUAUGUGAUGCAUCUGAUAUAAACAUCGCAGAUUGGUAUCACUUUGUAUGGGAUCGAACACGAAGUAUACGUAAAGAUAUCACGCAACAACAAUUAUGCUGUCGUGGUUCAGUAGAAUUAGUUGAACAAUGUGCAAGAUUUCAUAUACAUUGUGCUGCACGUUUAGUAUCCGAAGAUGUAUCUGUUUUUGAUCCAAAAAUUAAUACAGAAAAUUUAACAAAAUGUUUACAAACCUUAAAAUAUAUGUACCACGAUUUAGCAUUACAAAAUAUUUAUUGUCCGAAUGAAGCCGAAUUUCGUGGUUACAUAAUUUUAUUAAAUUUACACGAUGGUAACUUUAUGUGGGAAGUGAAACAAUUACGGCGAGAAAUACAAAAAUCGGCGGAAGUAAAUUUUGCAAUAAAAAUUUUUUUAGCCUUAGAUAAUAAUAAUUUUGUUAGUUUUUUUAAACUGGUACGACAAACCACAUAUUUAAAUGCAUGUAUUUUACUUCGAUAUUUUAACGAGGUUCGUUCGAGAACGCUAAAUCGUAUGAUUCGUACACAUUCACCGAGAGCUACGCUAACACAGAUACCUUUGGGAGAAUUAGAAUAUUUAUUAGCAUUUGAAAAUCGUACAGCCUUAAUAACAUUUAUCGAUUAUCAUGGAUUAAAUUUAAACGAAAUGGGUACACAUGUGAUUCUUGAUCGGAGCUCGUUUACCACUUCCAAUUCAUUUGAAUUAGAACGUGCUGUAAAUAUAGUCGAAUCGAAACGACAAAAUUCUGUUGGUGAAAUUGUUUGUGGUGGGCAAAUUGUGUCCAUGCAAGAAUUUUGUAAUCAUACUCCUCAUAACAGUUUUGACGAGAGAGGCUAUUUUAAAAAAAGUGAAAUUCAAGAACAGUGGAUAAAUCAGAAAAAAACUAUUGAUACGACAACGUCAUCGGAUAAUGUUUUUGGAAAAAAAUCAACGAAUAUAUUCGAGAAAUCUUCAGAAUCAGCUAAUGUAUUUAAUAAACCGUCAACAAACAUAUUUGAAAAACCUGUUGAUAUAAAAACUUCAAGUAUUUUUAAAAAACCUACGGAAGUUAAAACUUCUAGUAGUAUUUUUGAGAAACAAGCUGAAACUAAACUUUCAAGUGGUAGCAUUUUUGAAAAACCUGUUGAAAUGAAAACUUCAAGUAUUUUUGAAAAGCCUACUGAAGUUCGAACUUCAAGCAGUAGUAUAUUUGAGAAACCAAAUGAAACGAAAACAUCAAGUGGUAGUAUUUUUGAAAAACCUAUUGAAGUUGCCACAGAUUCAAGUAAUAUUUUUAAGAAACCUUUGGAAGUUAAAUCUUCAAGUAAUAUAUUUAAAAAACCUGCUGAACCUAAAACAUUAAGCAGUAAUAUCUUCGUAAAAUCUUCAGAAGUUAAAACUUCAAGAAAUAUUUUUGAAAAACCUAAUCAAUCUAAUAUUUUUAACAAAGAUGUUCAAACUUCAACCAGUAUAUUUAAUAAACCAACUGAAAACAAAAUUAGUUUAUUUGAAAAACCAGUUGAAAAUAAAAUUAAUUUCUUUGAGAAACCCCCUGAAAGUACUACAAAUAUUUUUCAGAAUGAAGUUAAAAAAACUGGAAGUAUAUUUGAGAAUAAAACUGUUGAUUCAAGUAAUUUCAUUUUUAAAAAACCAAUUGAAAUCUCAACUCCAAAUAUAUUUACACCACUUAAACCUGAAAAUGAAUCCAAUAUUACAUUUACGAAACCGAGUGAUGUUUCUUUUAAGCCAGCGGAAACAAGUCCUAUGUUUGGAGUUUUAGAUAAUCGAAAUGAAUUGAAUGUCUCAAAAGAUUGCGUUGACAGGGCAGCAAUAAGUUUGAAACGAACUAGUGAUAUUUAUGAAUUUGAUAUGAAAACUGAAGCAAAGUCAAUAAAGUUUCAACCAUAUAGCAAAAAUAAAAAUUUUUCUGGAAUUAAAUCAAAUACUUUUGAAAAUAAACCACUUUUUUCAUAUCCACCUAGUCAAGUCGAUUUAGAAUAUGAAGAAAAACGAAAAAUUGAAGAAGAGAAAAAACGUGAAGCAUUAAAAAAAGCUGCAGAGGAAGAAGUGAAACGUAAAAAAGCUGAAGAAGAGAAACUGAAACGAAUGCAAUUAGAAGCAAUAAAAAAAGCUGAAGAAGAGGAACGAAAACGUAAAAUUGAACUUGAAAGAGCAAAAGCUGAAAAGGAAUUACGAGAAAAAUUACUACAACAAAUGCAAUUAAAACGGGAACAAAAAGAACGUGAACAAAUUGUUGAAUCACUUUUAGAUGAAUUAAUAAAUGCAAUUGAAAUACAUGAAACACAACAACGAUUAAAACAAAUUGGCAACAAUAUAAAAUUAUGGAAAAUUCAAUAUAUCGUUAAAAAAUGGCGUAAUAGAGUAUCAAAUAUACGUAAAAAACGUAAAGCUGUUGAAGAUUCACCAGUUUGGGUUGCGAAACGUUCAUAUAUCGAUGAAGCAAAUGAAUUAUAUACAGCUAAUCAAAAUUUAACUUUAGCGAAUAUGAAACAAUAUAAAUACAAAAAUCAAAAUAAAUUCAAGAAAAAAGAUGAACCAAUUGUUCAAAUAAAUUUCAGUCGAAAAAUAUUUCAGCAUUUAAAGGAAUCCGUACAAAAGUUUGAAAAUACACUUACUAUUCUAAAACAACAAAGUAUUGUAAUUAUUUUACGAAAUGGUUUAAAUUCACAAAGUAAAAAUAAGAUUAUCGAAAUUUUAGAAUUAGAACAAUUAAUCAUGAAAAACGAAUUAAAAAAUUAUCAGAUUUAUAUUGAUGAUAAUUAUUCUUUGCAAGAGUUUAUAAAUUCUAUUGAAAUGGGUCUAUGUUAUUUAGCUAAUAAUAUUGAACAAGAACCUCCAUUACUUAUGGAUCAAUUAUCAAACUUCUUACAUAAUACAAUCGGUAAUGAAUUUGCGCAACGUUUAAAAGAUAGUUCUAAAACAAAUAUUGCACUACAAUUAUCAUUUAAUGAUUAUAAAAAUAAAGAAUCAUUGUUAGCAUGUGAAGAGCAAGCAUUUGAAGUAACUAGCACUGUUGAUGAAGAGGAUGAUUUUGAUAUUGAUGAAAAAUUAUCAGAAAUAACAGCGUAUGAUUAUGAUCGAGAAAUUCAUUUAAGUAAGCAAAAAGAAGAGAUUACGGAAUUUAAAAGUUUAUUAGAAGAUUUAAAUAAUAAUUUUUAUUAA